AUGCUCCUUGGAGGGGUGCUACUUUCAGCAGCUGAAGGAAAAUCUGAAGAUGAGGUUGAUGAAGACUUCACACCGAUCUGGGUAGCUGGAGCUGUUCUUAUGACAUUGGGUGCAAUCUAUGCUGGGCAGUUGCUUCAUAGCGCUUCGAAGUUCUGCAUCAAGAGAUUGUGUGCGUCUGAGAAAGGCCCCAAGCGUAGGCCGAGAUCAAGGAGUGAAGAAACUGCAACGACUGAGUUUUCUGAGGAGGAGAACAUUUCAAUGGUAUCUGAUGAGGCGACAACGUUUGUGAGAAGGCAACGCGGUGGUAAAACUGCGAGCAGUGGGCCUAUGGUGGCUACAUCAAAAAGAUCCUCUUCGGGAGUUGCUGGCCCUUUUGUGACAAGCGCCGGAGCAGCUUCUUCCCUGUCUAUAACGACACAGUCGGGCUCGCGUGGCGAUGAUGAUGGAACUUCAUCCUUGAAUUUUCGGCCACAGUCGGGCUCGCGUGGCGAUGAUGAUGGAACUUCAUCCUUGAAUUUUAGGCCACAGUCGGGCUUGCGCAGUGCUGGUGGCGCUACUUCCUUGAACGGGAGCUCACGAUCGGGCUUCAAUGCAGCUGCCGCGGCGGGCGAACCUGCUGCUUCUCCAAGCGCUGCAGAGGCUUUGAGCGAGGGUAGUGUAGGAAGUAGUGAUGUUCCAAAGGGAGGUUCAAAGGGGCCAUAUCCAAGAAACCCUUGGAACGUUUUUCAGCACAUGCACAGGGGUAAGGGGCUUGAUUCGACCUCGAUGGCAUAUUUGUACAAGGAAGAGAAGGCUAAAGGGACGAGCAUCCUGACGCCACGGCAACUCCUGAAGACCCUGUCUCCAGGGAAGUCUCGUCCUGUUGAGGAUACGCCACCUGCUGCAGGUACAGGAGACACAGGUGGUGAAGUGUCAGGCCACCCUUCGGAGCGCUGCUCGGGAUCUGACUCAAUGGAUCCCAGGGAAAAGAACGAAGGGACACUUGACACCUCGGUCAGGUUGCACAUGGAGGGCUUGCAGCAAAGCUAUGACGCAUUGCAGCUGGAGUUUCAGCAACAGCAGGAGUUGCUGGAGCGGAGGAAUAGGAAACUGCAGGAAGUCCGGAAUCAGAUCCACGCAAAAGACCUGCAGCUGUCUGCGCUGCGGCAUGAGAUCCGGAUCAAAGAUGCCUUACUCAGCUGCCUCCAAGACGAGGAACGGCAGCACUAUGAGAUUGAGGACUUUGAGUUGCAGACGCUGCUGGAGAAGGCUCUGUCGCCUUUGACAGCCAUCCUCACUCGGCAAAUGGGAACUGCCGGGAGAGGAGACCAGGCGGCUGACGCCACUCGAAGGUCGGACGUGGCCAAAAGGUUGAGAGCCACUUCACCUAGAACGACAAAUGAGGCUGAAGUGAAGCCGACGCCUGCAAGAGCAGAAGAUCCUGCAGCCCUUGCGCGGAUUGAUGCACUGCAAGCGGAGGCAGCACUCUUGCGGGCAGAACUGCGGGAGGCUGAUCUCCAAAUCCAGACAGCUGCAUCGGAGUCUGCUGCAGCAAAUGCCGAUCUACGGGAGACUCGUCUCAGGCAUCAGCGCUGGCUCCGGAGUACGCAGGAGGAAUCAUUUCGACUGCGGAAAGAGAACCAGCGAUUGGAAAAGAGUUGUCAUCAGGCCAAUGCAGAGGAGCGACGGAUCGCAGACUUGGCUCAGUCUCAGCCUGCCAUCUGCCAAAAGCUCGCAGCCCUCAAGGCGGCCUGCGAGAAGCUCGAAUCGGAGAACGAAAAAUUGGAACAAGAGCUACAAGCAGGACAAGCUGAUCUCAACAGUGUCCGAGAUGUUCCUCAAGCUGGGCCUAGUCGUUCGGUGCAGAGGCUGGCUGCAGCCAGCACUUGGUCAGCCAAAGUCGUAGCGGCUACGACCCCGGAGAUAGCGGAAACAUUAACAUACAGGCGAAAGAAUGGAGAGAUAAGGAUACCCAUCACAGCCAUCAAGAACCGAGCCCGACCGCCCCCAGAAGCGUCUCGGAAACGGAAGAUGGAAAUGGACCAAGGGUUUGUCGAGGCAGAGUUCCAAAUAGGAGAACACCCUUUGGGUCUGGUAGUUGAUUGGUCAAUGGCUUUACCCGUGGUAUCCGGUGUUCUUCCAGGUACCCAUGCUUCGGUGCAAGAGGACUUACGACCUGGACUGGUUUUGCUGGCCAUCAACGAGAUUCCGUUGGUCAUUGGCGUCAGCCGCUAUGAAGCCAGGAACUCGAUUGUCGAAUGCCCCACAAAGGCAAUGUCUUCACAAUCCCCUUACAAUAAGACGAUAUGA